AUGGCGGAGUAUUUGGCGUCGAUAUUUGGUACGGAAAAGGAUAAAGUAAAUUGUUCGUUCUACUUCAAAAUCGGUGCAUGCCGCCACGGAGAGCAAUGUUCAAGACUACAUAACAAACCGUCUUUCGGUCAGACUAUUUUGCUACAAAACCUGUAUAUAGCUCCUCAAAAUACAGCUCAGAGUGCUGAUGGAUCUCACAUCAACCUUACGGAAGUCCAAGCUCAGCAAAUCUUCGACGAAUUUUUCGAGGAGGUCUUUGUUGAAUGUGAAGAGAAGUAUGGGGAAAUAGAGGAAAUGAAUGUGUGUGAUAAUCUUGGUGAUCAUCUAGUUGGAAACGUUUAUAUAAAAUUCAGGCGUGAAGAAGAUGCUGAAAAAGCUGUUCAGGAUUUAAAUGAACGCUGGUUUGGUGGAAGACCAGUUCAUGCUGAGCUUUCUCCUGUCACAGAUUUUCGUGAAGCAUGUUGUCGUCAGUAUGAACUGGGGGAAUGUACAAGGGGUGGCUUCUGCAACUUCAUGCAUUUGAAACCCAUUUCCAGAGAACUUUGUCGUAAAUUGUACAAUCGGAGCAAGAAACGUUAUGGGAGAAGACGUCGAUCACGUUCUCAUUCACCGUCCAAGAGUCGACGUCGCCGUUCAAGAUCAGCUGGUCGUGCGUCAAGGCGUUAG